GGGUGCCUGGCUGUCGGGAGGCGGCGCGCGGCGGGGCCAUGGGCUGCUGCUUCUGCAAGAGGCGGAAAGAGGCGAAGGGGGGCGCGCAGGGCGGGGCGGGCCAGGACCCCCCGGCCGCGGACGAGGAGAAGCCGCCGCCGCAGUACAGCUGGGACCAGCGAGCCAAGGUUGAUCCCAAAGACUACACGUUUUCUGGACUUAAGGAUGAAACUGUGGGUCGUUUACCUGGAAAAGUUGCAGGGCAACAAUUUGUCAUUCAGGACUGUGAGAACUGUAAUAUCUACAUUUUUGACCAUUCUGCUACAAUUACUAUUGAUGAUUGUACAAGCUGCCGAAUCUUUUUAGGACCCGUAAAAGGCAGUGUGUUUUUCCGUGACUGCAAAGAUUGUAAAUGCGUAGUGGCAUGCCAACAGUUUCGCACCCGGGACUGCAGAAAGUUGGAAGUAUUCUUGUGCUGUGCUACCCAACCCAUUAUUGAGUCAUCCACAGGUAUGAAAUUUGGCUGUUUCCAGUACUACUAUCCAGAGCUGGCUUUACAAUUCAAAGAUGCUGGACUGAGUAUCUUCAAUAACACAUGGAGCAACAUCCAUGACUUUACACCAGUGUCAGGAGAAAACAAUUGGAGUCUUCUACCUGAAGAUGCCACAGUUCAGGAUUAUGUCCCCUUACCUACAUCUGAGGAACUAAAAGUAAUCAGAAUUUCUACAGAUACCAUGAAGAGCAUAAUUCCAAUAACCCGGGGUGGGAGGCAGAAGAGCAGUGAAGAAUCAUGUCUGGCAGUUUUCUUCGCUGGAGACUACACAACUGCAAAUGCCAGAAAGUUAAUUGAUGAGAUGACUGGCAAAGGCUUUUUGUUGGUUCAGACUAAGGAAGUUUCAAUGAAAGCAGAGGAUGCUCAAAGAGUGUUCCAGCAGAGUGCAUCUGACUUCAUCCCUUUGCUUGAAAAAGGUCCUGUUGUUGCUUUGGAGUUUAAUGGAGAUGGUGCCGUAGAAGGAUGUCGAAGCAUUAUAAAUGAUGUCUUCAGUGGAACCAAGGUUUUUGUAUCAGUGAACAAAGCAUCGGCCUCUCAAGAUGUAGACAGCUUCUACAACUUUGCUGACAUGCAGAUGGCAAUGUGAAAUGUGACUUGAAGAUGUUCUUCUGCAUCGCCUGUCUCAGCACUUGGAUAUAGCUUUGGUUUGACUGUGUGUAAUGCUGCAUUAGCAACAAAAGGUGGUUUUGGUUUUUUUUCUGAUUGACCUUUGUAUUGCAUACGUUUUUAUAAAAGGAACUGGUUAAAUUUAAUACUGCAUCAUGUGAAUUACAACUAACAAUGUAGCAUCACAUGUACAUGUGAUACGUACCACGUAAGAAACAACACAAUUUCUAGUAAUUUAUGAUUAUAGUGAAAUUAAUUAUAUAUUCUGAUGUGAACAUUCCUCAUCUUUUAAUUUGUAGGAUUUUUAGAAAGUGGGUACUAUGCAGCCCACAUUUUAUGUAUUUGUAAAAAAAAUGUAAUUUCUUAACUGAAAUGCACUGCUGCUGGUAUGUGUCAAUGGUACGUUAGAGAAAUUAACUUGUAGAAUUCACGGUACUUUCCCAUAUGCAAAAUUAUCUUAAUCAGGAAAAAUGUCAUUCCUAACUAAUCUAAAGUUUCUUAAAUUGUUUUCUCUUUUAAAUAGCAUGCUUUCACAGUUGACUUUACUCUGCUUCAGUCUUUGUAUUCAUAAAAAUAUUAAUUGCACCAAGUGUUCUAUACCAGAUAGUCUUAAAUGUUAAUAUACUAUACUAACAUUAAUUUUAAUUAUAUUAAAAAUAGUGUAAGAGCCUGGGAGCUAUGCUGCAGAUGCUUUAUGCCCUCAUCCCCACCCUUCCAGAUUGCUAUUUAGGAAGGUCUCCAGUGGUGUAUGGCUCCUGCCUUGUCCCUCUUUUGGGCUAGUGUAGAAGAUAAGCCUGAGGCUUCCUUACAACCCAGCUACCAUAAUGGGUCUCUGGCAACUGCCAUUGUUUAGACCACACCACAGCCUAGAAUCAGGGGGAGUUUUUUAAAGCAGUGUUUGGAUGCAUGCACCUCUGAGUGUGCUCCUCCAUCAUGAUGAAGGAUAUGGACACACAGUCUCUGGUGGCUGCAGAUAAUUGACUGUAAAACUAACAUUAGUCUGUUACUUCUAGAAACAGACCAAGAAAGCAUUAAUUUUGAGACUAAAGGAAUAUAAAUUUAACUAUAGCUGUCUGAUUUCUAGGCUUUUUUUAAAAAUAGAUGAGCUAUAUAGUAUUCCUGGUGGCAUUUACUGGAUACAUCAUUUCAACAUAAUGUUCACUACAUUUAAUGCAUACACAUGAGAAUAUUGGAUCCUCAACAUGCAGAUUGAGCUUCUGCAAGGUUUUACAAGAGUUCAGUUUAAGGUUCCAUAGGCCCUCUGUUCAGAUAAUGAAGCUAAAUUUCUGCUAUGUCACAAAUUUACUGGACUUACCAACUGACUGCUCUCAUAUCAUAUGAGGUGCAAACCCACAGCUCUUCAGAUUAGAUGUGACUUGCUGGGGUAAACAAACUUCCCAGUACCAUUUAAUGUAAAAUGCAUGUUGUGAUUUCCUUUUUAAAAAAAAAAACAACUCAUUGACUUCAUAUAGUCUGGUAAUUUAUCCUCCAGCCACCUUGCAAAUAGAGCAGUAAAUGACUAUAUUGAUAGUUGGUCAGUGCUGUGGCUUCAGAAUGCCAAAGGAGGCUGGUUUGAAAUACUUUGAGAUUGGGUGAAGGAAAGAAAGAGGUAUGUCUGUCUGCAUUACUCCCAGCCUUUGCAAGGUCCAUAAUGUAAAUAAGAGUAUAUGUAGGUUCUGAAGUCUGCCAUUUUGCUGUCACUAGAUAAAUGCAUGCUCUUAACUCCACUUCUUUUUUUUAUAGAAGGAAGGUGCACAAAUUGAAAGGAAACUUGCUCCUUCUCUAGAGAUAAUUUUAUCUUAUGAGCUGACUAAUUUGCAAACUAGUACUAGUUGGUAGUAGAAAUUAGUACAUUUUUCUAUUUGGAAGUGGUCAUUCAAAUUUUCAUUCCAGUACACUGCAUCUGCCUUGCUGAAAUUUGGGUGGAGGGUAAACAUUAUUUCAGGAAAUGGAGUGGAAAUAAUACUGAACAGGCAACAGAUCUGUUUGUCCUGUUGUAUGUUUCUGUCCUGACACUGUUAUAGAAUCCUGCAUGUUAUAUAUUUCAAACCUGUCUUCAUGUAAUGAAGUGUCUAAAUAUAAUUGGGCAUCCUAUUCUUAAACCCUUUUGUCAUCAGUAAAUUAAGCCAUGUUCUAUAUGUAAAUGAGGAUUUAGUCAUCUUUUCUCCCCCCCCCCACUUGUAACAAUUUCUGCUUGUUAAUCAGGCUGAAGUUCUGUUUUUAAUUGUCUCUACAGCAAUGAGUAACUAUUUCUGCAUUAACUUUCAUAUGACAAACAGAUUUAGUAUUGGUAGUUUUUGUAUGUAAUUUGUCUAGUAGUUGUGAAAUGUGACUUACAAUAAAAAUUGUUCAAAAUAAACA